GUAGCGCAUGCGCAUCUAAGUCGAUGAUGAAUCCUGUCAAAUCGUAAUAAUAAUUUCCAUCUGAAGAAACAUUUUGCAUGGAACUAUCUGCAGUGACAUACACAUUGAUGGAUUAAAACAGUGAGAAGAAUGUUUCACAAAUGACAGAAUGAUAUCAUUUAGAAGAGCAAUUACACCAAUGUUAUGUGACACUACAUCAAGGCUACUGAAACUCUAAACAACAUCAAAUCAACAACAAGUCAAAGAUGAGUCUGCCAAAGCCGACAGGGAUGAAGACUCCGGGCUCUAAACUGGCACGGCCAAGUACCGGCAUCCCACAGAAAUCUGGGCUUGCGCAGCCUGGCUCCCUCUCUAGGGCACAGAGUCCAGCUUUAUCAAUGAGAAAGGAUGCAAUAGCCAAGAGUGCUAGAGCAGCUGGAAUCAACUCCUCGCUGGCAGAUAAAUAUGCGGCCAACGCAGCACAUGCAUUUGCAGGUGAGGAAGAGUUGAAUGCCCCGCCUCCGCCACCAGAUGAUUUCAUAAUCGGAGACAGAGUGUUUGUGAGUGGCUCAAAACCGGGAUUCAUAGCUUUCUUGGGGGAGACACAGUUUGCGCCAGGGGACUGGGCGGGAGUGGUGCUGGAUGAAACAAUCGGCAAAAAUGAUGGCUCUGUGAGUGGUGUCAAGUACUUCCAGUGUGAAGCAAAGCGUGGUGUGUUCUGUAGGAUUUCUAAGCUGUCAAGGACUCCAGGUAUAGUAGGUGGACAGAGAUACUCAGAAGAUGCAACAUCUGAAGUGUCUGUACCUGUGAAUGGUAAUGGAGCUUCAGGACUGAGACGUCCUACAACCCCUAGUUUGCAGCAGCGGCCGACCACGCCCAGUCAUGGUCGGGAGAGUGGAAUAGCCCGCCCAACCACACCAAGUCUCCCUAGACCUAUUCAUAAAUCUCUCUCAAGUUCUAGUGCCAGUCUGGACAAGGGGCAUGCCCCAACUAAAGUGAAAUCUGGCCCAGUGACUUCAACACCAAUGGCAUCACACGGUAUUAAAACUAACUUGAAACUAGGUGAUAGGGUAUUGGUGAGUGGCUCCAAGCUGGGGACGUUGAGGUAUUUGGGGCCCACAGACUUUGCAAAAGGAGACUGGGCAGGUGUGGAACUAGAUGAUCCUGUAGGCAAAAAUGAUGGUGCUGUGGCUGGAAAAAGGUACUUUGACUGUCGGCCUCGCUAUGGGUUGUUUGCACCCAUCCACAAAGUAAUGAAGACAUCGGUGCCAUCAACCCCUGGUCCAAGCUCCAUGUCACGCUCGAUGGGUAGCACAGGACUCCGACGGGAGCGCAGCGGGAGCCAGGAGUCUGUCAGCUCCAUGAGUUCUGCAACUUCCAGCGCCUCACGCCCGCGGGUAAGGCUUGGCGUCUCGGGCCUUGGGAACAGCCAGCAGCCAACGACGGGUGGAAGAAGUGGACAGCGCCCAGGUUCCCUCAAUAUCUCCACCACCACCGCACUCCAGAAAGCGUUGAAGGAGAAGGAGGAGCACAUUGAGCAGCUGCUUCGGGAACGUGACCUUGAGAGGUCAGAUGUGGCGCGGGCAGCCGCCCAGGUGGAUGAAGCCCAGAACCAGCUCACUCAGAUCCAGGUGGAGAAGGAACGCCUACUGGAGGAGAAUGAGGAGGGCAUGGUUCAGUUGCGAGCCCGCAUGCAGCAGCUUGUACAGGAUAAAAGGGACCUUGAGAUGAAACUGGAUGAUGAAAAACGGAAAGUUGAGGACCUUCAGUUCCGUAUUGAAGAGGAAGUGAUCAGCAAGGAUGACCUUGAGAGUUCGGGAGAAAGUCGUACAGAGGAAGAGGAAGCGAAGACUCGCGACCUUGAGAAGAACCUGAAGAAGGAGCAGGAACGGGCUGAGAAACUUGAAACCGAGCUCAUCUCUCUCAGGAUGAUGAAGGAGCAUCAUGAGAAGGAGGUGCAGUCACUGGAGGAGACACAGACCUCAUACCUCGACCAGAUAGAGGAACUCACACACAAACUCUCGCAGGCUGAGGCGAAGCUGCGGGACCAUGAUGAGUCGCGCCUUGAGGAAGGGGCCAAGACUAGCCAGGUAGGCCUGGAGCUGGAGGAGAAGAGCAAUCGUGUGUCAGAACUGGAAGACUUUCUCGCACUCAAGAACAAGGAGGUGCGCCAGCUACAGGACAAGCUUGCUGAGAUGAAAGACGAGUUUGAAUCCAAGAGUGCCAAAUUUGACAAACUACAACAGAAUUUUGACGAGUUGAAUGAGAAAGUGAAGUCGAUGGAUGUGGGCAACAACGAUCUGAACACCCAGCUGCAGAAUCUCAAGUCUCUGAAUGCAGAGACUCAGCGACAGUUGGCCAGCAGUGAGGAGAGAUCGAAUCAGCUUCUUGAAGAGAAAAAACAGCUGGACCUACAGGUCACGGAAAUGAUGAAGAACUCCGGAGAUAGCUCCCAUCAGCUGUCAAUGCUCAACGAACAGCUAGGCCAGAAAAAUAGAAAAAUCGAGGAUCUACAAGCCGACUUGUCGACUUCUACUCAAAAAUGGCACAGCCUCAAUGAUAAGUUAGAGUCGAGUAUGAGGGAGAAGGAUCGGGAAAUUGAGAUGUUAAACAACAAACACGAGGGCAUCCGGUCACAGCUAACCAGUGACAUGGAUGAUAUUAAAAAGGAACUUGAGAAAUCUAAAGCCAAAUUGAUAAGCAUGGAGCAAGACUUUGCAAGUGAGAAGAGCGAUCUAGUACGACGGAAGGACGGGGAGAUCACAGAGCUGAAACAGCAGCUGGAGGCGACGUCAGAGAACGCAAGCCAGCAGGAGAUACAGACACAGGCACACAAACAGGUCUUAGACAAGAUCACACUCGAGAAGGAGGCAUUACAGUUUGAGCGUGAUAAGCUGGAAAAGCAGUUGAAACGUGUGGAGGGUGAGCGGGACACGGCCAGCGGGGAGCUGAUCACUGCUCGCGUCGAGGCCAGCCGGACCCAGGCCACCGUUGAGGAGUACCUUCAGGGACGCAGACAGUUAGAUGAUCAGAUAGUAGACCUCCAGGAUGAGAAACAACAACUGGAGAAAAAUCUGGCUGAGGUUCAGAAGCAGCGUGAUGACCUGCAGGAGGGUAAGGAAAAGGCCUGUACAGAGAGGGACCAGUUACAGCGGGACACCAUGGAGCACAGAGCUGCCAUACAGCAGAGGGAUAUACUGGUUGAGGAGCUACAAAAGGAACUGGAGAAGCUGAGAACCACAACCAACCAGCAGCAGGAGACAAUCACAAGCCUCAUGCAGCAAACCUCCGAUUCAGGGGACCUCCACGCGCGUAUGGCAGAGCAGACCUCCCAGAUAGAUGGCCUCCGUAAGCAGCUUGGUGAGAAGGAGACUGCAAUCAAGGAUCUACAGAAGGCCACCUCCACUCAGAAGGAUGAGAUGAGGACAAUGAAAAUUGAACUUGAGGAGAGCCAGGAGGCAGUUUCACUAUUGGAGGACAGCGUACAGGAUCUCGAAAAGGAGCGGGACAAUCUCACCAGUCAGUUACAGGGAGCCUUCGAGAACCGUAGGGAGCAGGACAAGGUAUUGGAACUCAACCAGAAGCUUAAUGAGGAGAUUGAAAGCAUUAAGAACAAACACAGGGGUGAGGUUGAGAGCCUGAAAUCACAACAUACCAGUCUACAGGCGGAUAUUGACAGCUCCACUACCUUGAUACAGCAGAAAGACUUGCACAUUCAGCAGCAGCUUAAACAGAUUACAGAGAUGGAAAAAGGGAACUCAAUGCUGACUACCUACAAGACAUCGAAUGAAAUGUUAGAAAAAGAAAUAGCAGGCCUGAAAGACCAAGUGAAUCAAUUGCAAACAAAACUGUCCGAGUCCCACAACAAUGCUAACAUUGUUAACAAUGUUGGUGCAGUCACUUCUGAGGGCACUAAUGCUCUUGUUGAAAAACUGCGGGAGGAAAAUGGCAAUGCCCAAGGACAGGUGGAGUUCCUGAACUCUGUAAUUGUGGACCUGCAGCAGAAGAAUGAGGAGCUCAAGGUCCGCCUUGAGGUCAUGGAGAACGGCGUUACCAACGGCCAGGACAGCUCCAUGGCAGCGCAGACUCCGACAAAACGAGCGGCCCCUCGUAUGUUCUGUGACAUCUGUGAUGUGUUUGACCAGCAUGAGACAGAGGACUGCCCACAGCAAGAAAUGUCAGACAGUCCCCCACCCUCCAAACACCACGGCGACAGGCACCAGAUACGACCCUAUUGUGAUAUAUGUGAAGAGUUUGGCCACAUGACAGAACAGUGUGAUGAUGAAGAAACUUUCUGAGAAGACAUGCCUGCCGUCCAACCUACCAGUCACUCCAGGGAAGAUGUGUGCAAUCCUGGGAAACUUACAUAUAGCAUCCACAUGUUUAUGGUUGCUUUCUCUGUAACAGUUGCUGUCUUGUGAUAUAUCAUAGAAACACCAUUUAUGUUUGGUUGUUAAUUAGCGUAGCAAUGAUUGUUCACGGUUAGUGUCAGAAAUGAAAUAAGUAUUUUGGUUUAACGAAAGAAGGUAACUGUUUCAUGUUAUUGUGAAGUUAUGACCUGUUUACCAUGUGACCUGUGGCAUUGUGUUUUGCCUGUGUUUGUGAGGCAUUUACUCCUUAUGGUGAAGAAGGGCACUGCUCCAUGUAUACUGUGAUAAUACUUACAUAAGUUAAAGCAAUUGUCAUGGUGUGGUAUAUGUUAUGCUGUUGAAAUAAUUCUGGAGAAUUGUACUGACAGCUGAAUUUGGCUUUAGAUUUUUGAGGACCUUAAAGAAUUUUCUAUAAGCAUUAUAGAUGCAAAUUUUCUGUUUGUUAUUAUUUUUAGCAGAAUGUCUUUCUACCUCAAUACCAUAGAAGUUAUUUAGCUCUUCGGCUCUACAAUAGAAAUGAAAGCACUCACUCUAUUGGAAGUGGCAUUAAAACAUAAUUAUGUAACUGAUAUUCUUGAAAGCAUUUAUCUGCACAUUUUGCAAAUUCAGUCUCCUAAGAAAAAAAGGGUUUGCUUUGUAGCUUGUCCCUUUGUUAUUUCCUUAAAUGUAAGUGUAUGUUUUUCAUCUCAAUUUCCCGAUGGUCAUGUUUAUACAGUAGUUCGUAAACAAUAGUAAACAGUCUUCCAGAGUAGGGUCAUUGCACUCACUGUAGCUGAUUGUGUAACGAUAUAAACAUGUAGAUCUCUAUGCAAUACAUCAUGAUGCCUUGCGAAAGAUUAGUUCAUUUUAAGUAAGUACACAUAUCUUCUGUCACUGCAAUAUCCCUGUCAUAUAAUGUUAGACUCCAUCAGACAUUACCAUCUGUAUCCUAAUAGUAAUAUGUUACAUAUAUUUUCACGCUGUGUAUUCUUCACAUUCCCAGAUGUCAAAAAAGAAAUAAAUCUAUUAAUAAAAAAAUUAAGUAUGUGAACAUUAAAUGAAGAUAAUUGAUUUAAUCAAGAAGAUUCACUGGUGCCAUUUAAAAGGGACAGUUUCUAAGAUAAAAAUUGAAUGUAUGUUCAAGAAUCCAGUAAAAAGAAUUGAUGAAUUUUGAGUUUUUAUUAUUUGUUACAUGUAAAUUUGUACAGACUAUUAUAAAUGUAAUUUAUUUAUGUUGCUGUUUAUUAAUAAUUUCAAUUAUUAAUGCAUUGUUACUAUGAAUAAAGAAACGCUUUUAUGCUUACAAAAGUCUUUUUUUUUGUUGUAAUAAGGAUAGAAGUGGAAAUGAGCGGUCUAAAGCUUAGAGAGUAUAAAGAAAAAUGGGGUGGGGAAUUAGUACUCACUCUUCAAUGACGUCUAUGUACACAAGUUGUCAUACUUUUGUUAAAUCUUGGUAUUUUGUAGGUCUGAAAUCAUCUCAACACUAUGCUUUUUCUCUUACAAUCAAAGUUAUCAAAUUAGGUUUCAAAGCUUGACGUAGAUUUGCCUCAAAUGGAGACUAUGGAGAUGCUGGAAUGUGACGUGGGUAUGUGA